CACGGUCACUCCGAUCCGCGUCGACGGAGGUUCUUGUACGCGCCGCGGUACGGGCCGUACCGAUUACGUCCCCGUGCUAUACACAGUGCAUACCCAUGCAGUAUUGCAGCAUAGGGAACCCGGAAGCUGCUGCACUUUCACUAUACAUGUACUGUCUGUACAUGUACACAUGGACAUCUGCAUUGUGCUACCUCACGGGAAGCACUGGUUCAGUCUCACACAUGCACGAACCAUUUUUGGAACAAAAACCCGACAUGUUGAACGGUAUAGUAUGAUCAUCACAUUUACUGUUUUAGUUCAGUGUACGAACCAUAUUCUACGAUAUCAGUGGCUGUAGUAUUCAGUACGUGUGGUGUGCACAGAUGCAGUUCAUAACAAAGUAAGCAUUUCCAGCAAUGCUGAAUUGUGUACAGUAGACUGAACCAUAGUGAAUGUGUGUGUACGUGUUAGCGUACAGUUGACGGACUGUCAGUGUCGGCCAUUAUAACUUCUCACGAUCCUAAUGGCUGUCGAAUUCUGUGGGCAAUGGAAGCUGGAAAGCACAGAGGAAAACUUUGAUGCCUUCCUCAAAGAAUGUGGGGUAUCCUGGGCUUGGAGGAAAGCUGCUUGCUCUGUCAAACCCACUGUCUCCAUCACCCAGGAGCAAGGCGGUGUCUUCGUCAUCACCACCAAGACGUCGUACCGGACUCAGGAGAUGCGGUUUGUUGUCGGGGAGGAGUUUCUCAGUACCAUACCGUGGGAGGCCGGGGAGCAUCCCAUGAUGGCAGAGUGGGACGGAACCAAACUGGUCAUCCGGGUGCUGGGGAGGGAUAUCACCUUCACUAGGGAGGUGGGUGGGGGCCAGUUGGUCCUGACCCAGACCAAGGGAGAGGUUUCAAGCCGGAGGUACUUUAAGAAGGCCGCAUCAGAGAGCCAGUAAUCACAGAAAAGAUACGUCGCAGCUGGGGUAGCAUCUGGGGUAGCAUCUGGGGUAGCAUCUGGGGCAGCAUCUGGGGCAGCAUCUGGGGCAGUAUCUGGGGCAGUAUCUUGGGCAGCAUCUCGGGCAGCAUCUUGGGCAGCAUCUCGGGCAGCAUCUCGGGCAGCAUCUGGGGCAGCAUAUAGGGCAGCAUCUUGGGCAGCAUCUGGGGUAGCAUCUGGGGCAGCAUCUGGGGCAGCACUGAGCAUCUAGGGCAGCAUCCGGGGCAGCACUGAGCAUACAGGGCAGCAUCCGGGGCAGGACUGAGCAUACAGGGCAGCAUCUUGGGCAGCAUGUGGGGCGGCAUGUGGGGCAGCAUGUGGGGCAGCGUAUGGGGCAGUAUCUGGGGCAGCUAGCCGGCACUACAGCAGAAAAUGUUGUGCUUACUGUUAGCAUAUUUCACCAGUAAGAAAGAAAUGUUUUAUACAUGCAUGAAUAUCCUGUAAGUAAUAAUUGUAAGCCGACAGGUAUAGUGCAGUUUUGCUCUGCUAGUACUGUAAGCUCAGAGUUGUAAUCUGGAGCACAGAAUUCUGUGACAAGCAGAGCCAUGAAAUCAGGUCCUGAUAUAUGUAGGGGUGCAAGACAUGCAUCACCAGUCGCCAAUUUCAUGAUCUACUAUGAUGCAAUAAUAUUGUCAGACUAUUAACAUAUUUUGUUUGAAGGAGAUGCAAAUUUACAUGCCAUUUUGCUCAUGCAGCCAUGCUUGCUGCUCAGUAUUGCAGCUUCAUGAAAUUUAGACCUUUAAGGAAAGUAGCAAAAAAAGUGAGUUUUAGGUUUUCUCACACAGAUUUUGAGGUUACAUCGCGAUCGAUGGGCAUAUUAUGCAGUCUUUAUCUAGUCUUUGCUGUAGAUUUGCAUGUAUUAUUCUUACUGUUUCUGAUUCCUCAAUUUAUACAGAUCUCAGGACUAGCUAUAUAUAUAGGCAGCCUUAAGGUAUUUUUAGCCUUUCCAUGUCAGUUUUAAAAUGUUACACAAAUUCUGGAAUAUAACACAAGUGAUAGCGCUGAUCCAUUUUGUUCUGGUAAUGGGGAUUCACAAAGUUUAGACAAAGAUGUGAAACAAUCCACACAAAGGGAUGUUAAUUAAACAUCUGCAUCGUGGAAGUUUCAUGGAAACUACAUUCACGAAGAGAAAGAAGUGAAACAAUGCUCAGGCCAAAAAAUGAAGAUAAUGUGCACAGAAACAUUUCUAGAUGCCUGUUAAAACCAAGUAUUUUUCAUACCGUAUGCACAAAGGUUAGACUAUAUAGGGAUAAGUGACCUGUAUCCUAUACCUUUGGUGAUCCAAAAUGCUGGCAAGUGAGACAGAAAGUGCGACGAGAGAGAAUAAAUGUUAACUCGGAUGGGAGCAGUUGUUUCACAUGACCUUCCUCAGGUCAUGUCAUGUGAGUCACAUUUUAAGCAAAGCCCUUCUCUCAAUACUAAAGAAAAUUCAAACUUGAAGAGGCAAUUAAUGAGUAAAAUGUAAGCACAGCAGAAAUAAAAGGAACCAAAUAACGUCACAAUCAUACUCCACAGAACCUAACCGUAUAACUACAAAAGCCAAUCGAGUAUUAGGCGAUGACUAAUUAAAAUAUAUGUAUGCUUAAUUGGCUGAAGAGAACGUUUAUUAAAAUAAAACCUUAAUACAGGACUUCUACCUCUCAUUACAACACUAGAUUGAGAGCAUUUCUUGCCGGAAAUUCAAGUAUUUCGCCAUUAUAAGUAUUUCAGUGCUGAAGUAUUUCAAAUUUAUGUUGUAUUUUGAAGUAAGAGGAAAAUAUUAGAAUUCGUUUUUGUAGUUUUAAUUAGUUGUAAUAUUUUAAAUAUUCACUUAUCCUUCAUUUUCAAGUGCUCUUAUAAAUACUGCUUGCUAUACAAUGUAUAUAUACUUUAUUUGCAACUCAUUGAGCUUUUUAGUAAGUUAGUAACUCUACUUAGAUAGAAUAGAAAAAUAUUUGCAUUUAUUUUUUGUUUUUAAAAGCAAAUAAUGUGAAUGGUCACAGAUGGACAUCAAACGUACAGCGUUUCUACAUUUUACAAUAUUUAAAGAAUUAUUCACAAGAGAAGUAUUACUCAGGCUUGGUUUGGAGAACGCAUAUUACAGAAUGUAUGCAAAUUGUCACACGAGUCAGAGUGCCUUUAUUACAAUCCAUUAUGGUAAUUGGAGAACGGCCUUGGGUUUAUAUUGAGCCAUGUAGCCUGCCAUACAACGUGUUCAUUUAUGUAUAGAUGGGAUUGUACAUGUCAGCCCACCGGGAUAUGGCUUGCGAUAUACUGGAUAUACUAUGCACAGAAACACCGUGAAUUGGAUGCUCACACUUCACAUUUAGUAGUACAUGUGUUAGCACGGCAGAUAGGUGACGGGAUUGUGCCUUUGAUGAUACAAGCAUGGAAUUUGGCACAAAGUGAGAGAGACAUUUGGCUGUUGGGCCAUCGCAGAUGUGUCCUUUGAGAAAAAAAUAUACAAGAAUAACAAGCAAUGGCAGCCAUUUUGAAAAAAAAAUAGAAAAUUGCUUGUUAUUCUACCCAAUACAUGUAGGACAAAUCUGCGAUGGCCCUAUAGCCAAAUAUCGUUCCUACGACAUACUCUUAGUCUUACUGUGGCAAAUGCCAUGCUUGUAUCAGCAAAGGCACAAUUCCCCCAAAUAUUUCCCCUAUCUGCCCCACUAUUAUUGUCUCCUUGCCAAAACAGAAAUAUUCAUGUUAAUACUUAUUUUAUGAACAUUUCCUGUCUUGUGUUGAAGAGGACUUAUUUUUAUAUUUUAUGUUUUAUCGCACUAUUGAAUUAGGCUUUAUCUCAGUAUUGCAUGAGGCUAUUGUAACUUAUAUACUGCUGUAUAGAAGGCUACAGUUAUUCAUUUAAUCAUUUAUUAUUCAUAUUAUUCAUUUGUUAAGUUAUUCAUUUACGUAUAUAAUACCACCCUCUGCCAGGCUUCAACCAACAGUAAAUAACUUAAACACUAACUGAAAUAUAUACUUUGUACAACUCUUUAGUGCAUUUUUUUAUUACGUUCAUUCUAUAUCUCCCUGCUACUUCAGGUCACCCGACAGCAGACAGGUUUAUGAUUAUUCUAUAUUGUGUAUACGAUGGUUAUCAUUGUAAUAGUACACGCGGUAUCGGAAACAUCAAGAACACUUUCUGGGAAGUCGGCAUUACAGAUACCACUAAACUUUAAUGGGUUUGGUAGAUGGUAAUUCAUUAAUUACAUGAGAGAGUUUACUGUCAAAAACAUGCUGGUACCGUAAGUAACUCAAGUGCCAGCAUAAUAUAGAUCUAAAAUGGUAUUUAUUUCCUCUAUCUAUACAUUUAGUCGGGUUCGCAGUUAAGAAGCAUCAUCAAUUGUAUUUGGUAAAAAAAAUCAACUACAUGUAGAGGGUUAAUUGGAAUAUCGGUUUUGUUAUACUCGAUCUCUUGAACUUUGGUAUUUGAACGGCAUUCCUGACAACAACGAUUGUACGUGUAUAAGGUCACCUUUUGUACAAGAUCGGGAGUUCUGAAUAACAAUGGUUGAAUAUUUCGUUAGCCUUGA